CUCUCCCACUCUCCAUCUCUGCAACCUCUUAUUUAAAAUUCCUUCAAACUCGACAAACCCAGUAACAACCCAACCUCAAAAUUCCUGAAUCUGUGAUUUUAAAGGAAAUCUCUUCAAUUUCCAUUCAAGUCUUUGUAAAGUAUAGUUAUACUGUAUACAGAGAGUGGAUUCGAUCAAUUUUGAAUAAUGGAUGAUGAACAAGUUCAAGAUCAACAGAAUCAAUCACCUGGUGGUUCAGAUGUUGAUGAGGAAAUAACCGCUGAAGGUGCUGCCUUUGUACAUGGGGAUUCACUCCAGGAUUCUACGGGUCCCCCUGAUUCUGAUUCAAAAGUUGAAAUUCUUCACGAACAUGUUAAGAAACAACUUAUCAAGGAAGGACAUAGGCAGAAGCCAACAAAAUAUUCGACAUGCUUUUUGCACUACAGGGCAUGGACCAAAAGCACCCAGCACAAGUUUGAGGACACAUGGAAUGAACAGAGACCAGUAGAACUUAUAAUAGGAAAAGAGAAAACUGAGAUGACAGGACUGGCAAUUGGUGUGUCGAGCAUGACAGCUGGUGAACGUUGUCUGCUGCAUGUUGGUUGGCAAUUAGCUUAUGGCAAAGAAGGAAGCUUUUCUUUUCCAAAUGUUCCUCCUCAGGCAGAUGUCUCAUACGAAGUUGAGCUUAUUGGUUUUGAUGAAACCAAAGAAGGGAAAGCACGUGGUGACAUGACUGUGGAGGAAAGGAUUGGAACAGCUGAUCGAAGAAAAAUGGAGGGAAAUAAUCUUUUCAAGGAUGACAAACUAGAUGAAGCUAUGCAACAAUAUGAAAUGGCUAUAGCAUACAUGGGAGACGACUUCAUGUUCCAACUAUUCGGGAAGUAUCGUGACAUGGCCUUGGCUGUUAAGAAUCCAUGUCAUCUAAAUAUGGCUGCUUGCUUAAUAAAGCUCAAGCGAUUUGAAGAAGCCAUUGGUCAGUGCAGCAUUGUGUUGGCAGAAGAAGAAACCAACGUAAAAGCGCUAUUCAGGCGAGGAAAAGCUAAAUCAGAACUAGGCCAGACUGAUGCUGCACGAGAAGAUUUUCUUAAAGCCAGUAAAUAUGCACCUGAAGAUAAGGCAAUUGCGAAGGAGCUAAGGUUACUUGUGGAGCAUGACAAGGCAGUUUAUCAGAAACAAAAAGAGAUGUAUAAGGGAAUUUACGGAAAAAGACCUGAACCCAAGAAAGAAAUCAAUCAGAAGAAGAAUCUGGUCACAGUAAUCUGGUUAUGGAUAUUAUCCCUGUUCCGUCGCUUUUUCAAGCCCGAAAAGCAAAGAGUUGACUAAUUUCCCAUCUGCACAUUACCAGAAGCACCGAUAUGCGCAGAUAACAACUCAUUGAAAUGCUUGUACCAGUUAAGUCCUGUUUAUGUUCAUGAUAUUAAUUGCUAGUCAACUCAUAAUUCUUACAUCAAGCGUUCAUUUGAGAUUUUUUGGUAUGAGACUUGGAAUUUAAUGGGUUCUGUUUCAUCUGUACUAUUCUCCUGUAAGUUCAUAAGAAAGGCAGUGGAAUAAGAGGUCUGAAAUUGGAAUAAGUUUUCAGUUUCAUUGUUGCCAGGAA